UGCUGCCAGCUGUCUCCCUGUAGAGUUUCCAGGCCUGGUUGCAGACGGAUCGGAUGAGUGCCAAGCUCAACAACGAAGGCAAGGAUCCCAUGGAAGGCUGUGAUUUGGAUGGCAGCAGUACCCAAGAAAUCUCUGCAGCUCCAGAUGCCCCAGCAGAGAAGGAAGAGACUGGGAAAGAGAAAAAAGACGCUGGAGAAGAGAAAGAAGAGGAGGAGGCUGGGGGAGCUACAGAGUCAGAACCCCAGGCUGGGCUCUACAGCUACAUCAGGGAUGACCUGUUCACCUCAGAGAUCUUCAAGCUGGAGCUGCAGAACGUGCCCAGACACACCAGCUUCAGCGAUGUGCGCCGCUUCCUGGGCCGCUUUGGCCUACAGCCUCACAAGACCAAACUCUUCGGGCAACCUCCCUGCGCCUUCGUGACAUUCCGCAGUGCCCCUGAACGGGACAAGGCCCUACGUGUGUUGCACGGGGCCCUCUGGAAGGGCCGUCCACUUAGUGUGCGUCUGGCCAAGCCCAAAGCUGACCCCAUGGCUAAGAAAAGACAGCGUGAAGAUGAAGAAAGUGAGACUUCAGUCACAUGUGUCGCCGACGUGGUGACCCCUCUUUGGACCGUGCCCUACCCUGAACAGCUAGAACAGAAGCGGCUGGAGUGUGAGCAGGUGCUUCAGAAGCUUGCCAAGGAAAUUGGGAGUACCAACCGGGCCCUGUUGCCCUGGCUGCUUUCACAAAGGCACAAGUACAACAAGGCAUGCUGCCCGCUGGAAGGGAUCAAGCCAUCACCUCAGCAGACCGAGUAUCGAAAUAAGUGUGAGUUCCUGGUUGGCAUCGGCGUCGAUGGGGAAGGCAACACAGUCGGCUGCCGGCUGGGCAAGUACAAGGGCGGGACCUGUGCGGUGGCCUCCCCUUUUGACACAGUGCACAUCCCCAUGGCCACAAAGCAGGUGGUGAAGGCCUUCCAGGAGUUCAUUCGGUCUACUCCAUACUCAGCAUAUGACCCAGAGACAUAUUCAGGCCACUGGAAGCAGCUGACUGUGCGCACCAGCCGUCGAGGCCAAGCCAUGGCCAUUGCCUACUUUCACCCUCAGAAGCUCAGCACUGAGGAAUUGGCAGGACUGAAAUCCUCCUUGGCAGACUACUUCAUGGAGGGGCCAGGCAAGGCCAGCGGGGUGACCUGCCUCUACUUUGUGGAGGAGGGGAGACAGCGAAGCAUGCCCAGCCAGGAGGGCCUGGCCUUAGAGCAUAUAGCCGGGGACCAACACAUCCGUGAGGACAUGCUAGGGCUGACCUUCCGGAUCUCCCCACACGCCUUCUUCCAGGUGAACACUGCAGCGGCCGAGGUGCUGUACAUGGUGAUCCAGGAGUGGGCACAGCUGGACGCGAGCAGCACAGUGUUGGAUGUGUGCUGUGGUACUGGCACCAUCGGUCUGGCACUGGCCAAGAAAGUGAAGAAAGUUGUGGGGAUUGAGCUGUGCCCAGAGGCUGUGAAAGAUGCCUGGGUGAAUGCACAAGAUAAUGAGCUGAGUAAUGUGGAGUUCCAUUGCGGGAGGGCUGAGGACCUACUGCCCACGCUGGUGAGCCGGCUGGCCUCCCAACAGCUCAUAGCCGUCCUGGACCCACCUCGCGCUGGCCUACAUUCCAAAGUGAUCCUGGCCAUUCGCAAAGCAGAGAAUCUUAAGCGGCUGCUCUAUGUUUCCUGCAACCCCCGAGCAGCCAUGGCCAACUUUGUGGACCUCUGCAGAGCCCCUUCUAACCGGGUCAAGGGCACCCCCUUCAGGCCAGUCAAGGCUGUGGCCAUGGACCUAUUCCCACAGACUCCACACUGUGAGAUGCUUAUCCUGUUCGAAAGGACUGAGCACUCCAAUGGUGUGGGGGACCUAGCAUCCCCAGAGCCUCCAGUCCAGUCCCCAGAAGGACCUUUGCCUGACACCUCACAGGAAACCAGGACCCCUGCCUCUUCGUAGGGAGUGGGAACAAACACAGCUGUCUGUAUCACAGGGCUGAGGCCCUGGAUAUUGUGCCUUGGGUUCCCACCCCAAUUCUUUGGGCCAGCUGGACUAUACUGGCCACAAUAAAGUUUCUAAACUACAA